CUGAUAGAUGGCACUGACUGGCAUCACUGCUGGGCACUGACUGGUGGCACUGACUGGCACAACCACUGGGCACUGACUGGUGGCACUGACUGGCAGCACUGGUGGGUGGGCACAGGUGGGUGGCACUGGUGGGCAGCACUGGUGGAGUGGCACAGGUGGGUGCACUGCUGGGCACAGGUGGGCGGAACUUGUGGGUGGCACUGCUGGGCACCGAUCAUCAGGGCACUGAUCAUCAGUGCCCUGAUGAUCGGUGCCGAUCCUCGCUCUGACAACUGCCGGUUCUCGGCAGUACUUUCCUCACGAUCUGACAGCGUGAGGAAAGUGCAGCCGAGAACCGGCACUUGC